AUGUCUACAGCGCCGGAGACGAACACCCUUCGUGACAUUCUACGUAGAGAUGCUAACACGGAGCGGGCCCUAACCAUCACUUGGCAGCAGAUCACUGAUCUAGCUAUGAACACAACUGAUUGGGAUAAGAAAGAGUUGCCUCUGUUUAUCAAAAUACUCGUAGGCCUCAUUAGUCCCCAGCUCGAAUAA